AUGGCUUCGGCCGGCGUCCAGGAAUCGCCGCCAAUGGCGCCAGCACCACCCCUGGUCCUCGGCGAUGCGACGGCACAAGACGGCGUAGACAAGGAGGACAACAGCAAAAGCGAUGGCAGAGAUGACACCAACAGCACCGACAACACAAGUGCCAGCCACAGCAGAAGCCCUGUCGCCGUCUCCAACACCGCCUCGGCCUCGGCGACCGCAUCGCCGUCCCCGACUGCGCCGGACUCACCCAUCCGCAUUGUCUCGGACAUUCAAGACGUCUCUCAUCAUCCUCCUCCGCCUCAUCCUGUUGCUGCUGCCUCAGCCACCGUCUACCUCCCUCCCAUGGCAUCUGCCCCUGCGCCUCCCACAUCGGUGCCAAGCCCGGCCUCGUCGGCGUCUCCCUCCAUCCACGGCCUUGGCGGCCGGCUGGCUGUGUCGUCCAGGGGCAACACGCCUCUACGCUCGCCUGCGCUGCCCUCGCCUUCCCUUCCUCUGCGAGCAUCUCCUGCAGCCAGCCACCUGCCCCCAGCAGCGACCCAGCCGACACCUGCCACAAGAGUCAACAGCUACCAGAACAGCCCCACUUGGCGCGCUCAGUCUCCCCGUCCGCACAGAAAAGUCCCCAUCACCCCAGCCCCGGGCCCAGGCACCGGCUCUCCUGCGCCUCCUCCCACGGCAGGUUUCCCUUCGCCUGGCCGAGACCAUGUCCACGCGGACCCAAAGUUCCUCGACGACAAGACGAGGAUCACCUACGGCAUCCAGCAGGCCAUACCCGAAGCCGUGAGGCGCUCCGUCCGGGAUAACUGGGAGAAGUGUCUACUCGGCUCCGAUUUCCACCAGGCCUUCAUCCUCAACGCUAGUAUACACCAUGCCACCCCGGCGGCUGUUCAGCGUGGCAUGCGUGACUUUGGAAAAGCCAUGAUUUCCGCCGCAAAGAAUGAGAUUGUUGAUGCAAUGACUCCUGCCGACAUUGACGCUGUAGCCGCGCACUUGCUCACCAAGGCGAGCGACGCCUUCCUCGACGCGGCCCUCGAGCUUCGUCUCAAGUCGAUCAACGCCAAGCGCCUUAUUAAUGCGCUCGCCAGAGCUGAGCGCCUUGGGUACGAGCCGGGUGAUGUCCAGGCCGAGGAUAACGACACGACUGCGAGCCAGCCACCAGUCCAUCAAGAGCCUGUGAUGGCUCCUCAGUCGACGGCUCAGAUGCCUGCUCAUCCCGGUCAACCAACAGCGCAGGCCUUGUAUUGCGGAAUGUGUUUCCGAAAGUUCAACCACCAGUCCGCGUAUGAGCAUCAUGUGAAGGCCAAGGUCUGUACGCGCUCGCCUAGUGCGCCAGGCGGCUUCAAAUUCUCUUGCCAGCACUGUGGCCAAGGCUUCACAACUGUCAUGGGUGUCCAGUAUCAUAAUGCAAACAAGGUCUGCGGGGACUUUAAAGAGCCCUACAGUCCCAACACAGCGCCAGUUGCUUCCACACCAACCGCACCUAGGGCCAAGAGGCCUGCUCCCACGACCCCAGCGCCGUUGCCCACACCGGCGCUUACGUCGGCAUCGCUAUCAACAUCGACACCAGCCUCCUCACGGGCUGGCGCUCGACCAUCAUCUUCAGGAGAUGGCUCACGCAAGGGGACGCCGGGCUUGCACACCCCGGACGGCGCCGUUGCCGACCCGUAUGCACACCUCUCGCCCGAGCAGCUGGCGGCCAUGCAGGAGGAGCUCCGACAGGCCGAGCUCACCUACGGCGAGCGGUUCCGACAGGCCUGCACGAUCCCGGAUCCGGCGGAGAAGAAGACCCGGCUCGACGGGCUCGCCAACUCGUUCGGCACGAAGCAGUCGUUGAUCCGCAAGAAGUACGGUGUCAGGCUCCGCAUGCGGAGAACAAAGGCCGAGAUCCAGGCCGAGAGGGACCGCAUGCAGUACAAGACGGCCGCGGAGCUGGCGGCAGACAUUGGGAUCCCUAGUGCCGGCCCAGGACGACCCGGUCGACCUGUCGCCUCGACACCUCGCCCUGCCAGCACGAUCGCGCGUGGCUCCAACGGCGGCACUGGGACCAUGUGGUCGAGUGUGAAUCGCCCUGGUGCGCAGGCGCCAACGAGCACGCUGGCUUCGGCGUCGCCAGUGCCCAGCCCGGCCCUCGGUGACUCGCGGGCCGCAGACGUGUCGAUGCACGGCGGCAAUAAGCGGCGGUUCUCCGGCUCCGGCCCCUCCCCCAGCAGCAAACGACUGGCAUACUCCGAGAUGGGCGGCCUCUCUGGCGGUGCCGCGGCCGACGCGGAGACUAUGGACCCCACGCUGCCGCCUGGCUCCGGUACCAGGGUCACCUCGACCGCCGGCGCUAAGGGCCAGGGCACGGCCGAGGAGCCUAUGGCCCUGGACGACACUGAGUCCGAGUCGGAAGACUCUGGUGAUGACGAUGAGGACAUCCCCGCUGAGCUGCCGCCUAGCGUUCGCCAGAGCCUGCAACAGGGCAGCCCGUCCGUGACGCCCGGUCUGUAG